UAUUAGAGUUUCUACAUCAUUUGACGACGCUGGAGGAGGAAUCAUAAAGUUCAUCCUCGGACCAAUACAUAAACAUUAAGAGAGCCAGAGUGGACGUUCCUGCUGUAAACACGAACAACAUCCAAAAACUAUCUGCCCCGAGGCUAGGGUUGGAGCUCCCAUAGCCAGCUUCAGAUGAAGAAUCGCCUAGCAGUUCAUCAUUCCCAACACAUUUCUGAGAAGCAAUCAUGUCUAUCUCCAAAUCCCUCAGCUGCCCGCUUUCAGUCACCUUCACCAGAGCCUCUGUCACGUAUGGAAGCCAUGGAGAUCCCUUGGCAAACGCCUGGAGUUCAUCAAAUAAAAAUUGCUCGCAAUGGUGAAGCCGGUGCAGUAUCUAGCGAGCAGAAUUUUGGCCCAAGGUCUCUCCAUGAAUACCGCUGCAAUCACUCCUUCAUGUACUUGGCCACAUACGUCACUUUCAGGUACCCAAUGUUAGCACGCCUCAUCUGUAUCGAUUCAACGUUGUCGAUUGCUGGUUCGAGUUUUGGCACUGUGAGGAUGCUUGAUAGGUUCGCCGUGUAAGUUUGUGUGAUUGCUAGUGCCAUGAACAACCAAACCACCAACGCCAUUCUUGACAAGUUGCUAUGGAGCUUCAAUCCUUUCAGGUAAUUAGUUAUGCAUUCAUGUUAGCAAUGUAGUUAACCCACAUUGAUAUAAUAGGAAUGCUUCAAUUGAAAUCAUGAAUGUAGUUAGUUGGUUUGUUAGUUACCUUGGAACGUGAAGAGUGUGGUGAAGGAUAAGGAGAGCAUAACUCCAACCUGGUUGCCAAUCGAGCCUCUGAGCUUCAAGCAAUGGUCUCUUUCAAUCAUCCAUACGACGAAUCCGUUGUAGAUGUUGAGGAUAAAGAUCAGAAGCCACAGUGAACCAGUGAAAGGCUUGGUGAAAAGCCAAGCUCUAUUGACUUUCUUUGAUUGGAGUGGUACUAUCAUAACAAGUUCUGAUUCCGUGUAUGGAUGAGUGAAAUCUGCAUAAGGAAGUCUAUUGGUGACUAUUGCUAUAUCCCCUACUGCUGCAUCGAAGUUCUGCUCCAAGUCCAAAUGGUAUCCACUCUCAGGUAGUUAGAAUGCAGCUGCUUUGAUGCUAAGAAAGCAAGGAAGAUAUAAGUACAAUAGUAUGCAACAAGUUUGAGUUUUGUUGGUUACCUUCAGGUAAAUUUGCUGUACCAAGGCAUUGUACGUUCCAUUGAAGGCACGAAAUUCGUAAGGCAAAUAGAAUGGCAGUUGUUCCACAGCCUUUUCAAAGAGAUCAAUGGCAUACCCUUUUGCAGAGAUGGUGUUUUGGACGGGAUCGAGUUCAAUGUCAACAAAUUGCUUAAAUAUGGACUCAGUUGGGAUACCAAUAAUUAUUGGCUCAGAAAUAGGUGAUGGAGUCCAUCCCUUAGGACUGUACCUAGGCCUUCCUGGCCAAAUCACAUGCCCCAUGAUGUCUCUCAUGGAUGAGAAAUACGUAGCAGUUUCUUCUUCGCCAACUGUAUUCUCUGAGAAGCCAUGACCAUCUGUCCACAAUCCCAAACCAUUAUAGCUCUUUCCUAUCACAUUGAUGACCUCAAAUGUGUUCAAAGAGCCUGCUUUCUGCACGGUGAACUGCACAUUCCCAACCAAGCCAUUGAAGUUGCAGAGAAGCAACUUGUUCAGUAAGUCCUCUUGGCCUCCUGUUACGUUGCUUGGUCUCAAGAGUGAGAGAGCCAAUGCCCAUACUGCAUCGUAAGCCUCGACUGCAAAGAUCGAAGGCUCAUGAUUGCUCUCAUCUGGAUGUGCAGAGCUGAACCUUCUUCGAAACCUCUUGCUGAAUGAUUGAUACCUUGGUUUGGUCUCUCUGAAAUGCCCCUUCACUCCUAUAACCCCUUGCAUUGCUGAAAUGGUGGAAGGGUGGAAGGUGUGAAGAAGGCUUGUGAAGGCAUGGGUGGUUAUCCAAACAUAGUCCCUUUCUAGCAUUUUCAUGUCCAUGGCCGUUCUGAAUAAUUGCUCAGCUAAUGCAGUACUAGAGGAGAGAUGAACCACAAAGACUCUACAAGGGCGGACCUUGAGGCUUUCAAGUUGGUGAGAAAGCAACGAGGGAUUAGAGGAAGGAGGGAGAGUGAUGACAUCAACAAGCUGCACAUUCACUUGUCUGAGAGCUGUAGAGAGCUGAAGCACUGCCUUUGUUGAAGACUCUACAUCUUCAGUGAUCACAGAGACUUGAUGCCAGUUCCAUGAUUGUAUGAUCGCGGCUAUGGCUUUCAUUUGAGCUGACUUGCUUGACGACGCUUGAAUCAGAAAGGGCCAUCUCUCCCUUGCCCACCUUGGAGUUGAAUCGGCGAAGGACAGAAGUGGGAUUUGGUUUUUGGUGGCGAUUUGAGCAACUAGAGAUGUCUCCUCCCAUGAACAUGGUCCAACUAUGGCUUUUACUUGUGAUGAGUUCACAAGCUCCUGAGCUGCAUUUUCAUAUUUGUAGAUUUAAGAAGUCUAUAGUCAUGGAAGCUCGUAUAAGUUGAAGAAUUGCAGACUUUACCUGAAAGAGCAGCUUGGAGUGGUUCCCCUUUAGAAUCUGUAAUGUACAUAUCAAGAACCAAGCUUUGAUUUGCAGGAUCUUGGAAGUCUUUUGCUGCCAUCUGCAUAGCGAGAAUCUGCUCUUUCCCGAUUCGUGAAGUUUCAUCCACAAUGGCACCAAUCCUGAAGGUAGAAGGAUUUGUGACGGCAGCUUCGGUAGAGGUGAUCAUUGUCACCAGUAAAACUACAAGCCAAUAGCAAAUUAGGCAUUUUAAUAAUGUAAAAGCUGAAGUUUGUUUUGCUUGGUUUGUUGUAUGAACAGAGUUUGAACUUUUCACCAAAAAGAUUAGAUUUGGCAAAUUGUGACUUGAUAUGCUGACCCAAACAGAACUCGUAUGAGAAUUGAGAAAUCAUAAUUGGCAGAAG